AUGAAGGGUUCAUCCUAUUCUCAGAAGACUGUGAACGUGUCCAGCAGGACCAAGGGUUGCGCGGUGACCUUAGGCAGCAAUGUGAGGAAUGGGUUGGAAGCUGAGGUUGAGGCCACCACUAAGGUGCACAUCCACCGCCCUAACGAGAAGGAAGAGCUCCAGCAGCUGAACAACCGCUUUGCUGGUUACAUUGACAAGGUGCGAUCUCUGGAGCAGAAGAACAAGGCUCUGCGUGAUGAGAUUGAAGAACUGACUAGGCGUCUUAAGGAAAAGGGACCUGGCAUAGCAGAUGAAUAUGAAAAAGAGUUCAAGGAACUCAAAGCACUGAUUGAGAAGCUGAACAAAGAAAAGAAUGCAGCUGACAUUGAAAGAGGAAACCUAAAUGAAGAGAUUGACAUAUGGAAUGCCAAGUGUGAUGAGGAGCUGUUUCUGAAAGAGGAGGCCGAGAAGACCUUGAGGGAGUUUCGUCAAGAUGUGGAUGAUGCCACUGUGCAGAAGUUGGAGCUGGAAAAAAGAAUUGAACAACUGAUAGACGAGAUUGAGUUCCUUAAAAAGCUUCAUGAUGAAGAAGUUGCUGACCUAAUGAAUCAAAUCCAGGAGUCUAAGGUGAGCCUGGAGAUAGAAAGCUCUCGACCUGAUUUAGCAGCAGCUCUUAAGGCCUUGCGUAUGGAGAUUGAACAAGCUACAAACAAAAACAUUCAAGAGGCAGAGAAAUGGUACAAAACUAAACUCAGUUCCGCAAAAGGGCAGCUGGUCAAGAAUGAGGAGAAGAUCAGGAACAUCAGGGAAGAUGUUAGCAGGUAUUCCUCACAAGAAUCUGAGCUGCAGGGUCAAAUAGAUACUUUGAGAGCACGCAAUGAAGCCUUGGAGAAGUUGCUGGAUGACAUGCAAGCCAAGCACUUCGAGGAAGUAGCUUCCCUACAAGACAUCAUUGCUCAGCUGGAAGAUCGCCUCCUAGAGACAAAGGCUGACUUGGCCAGAUACCUACAAGAUUAUCAAGACCUGCUUAACAUCAAGCUCAAGUUGGAUGCAGAGAUUGCAGUCUACAGGAAACUGUUGGAAGGAGAAGAGAGCAGAGGCUUGGCAUUAAUCCAGAGAGUGAAGGUAAAAACAAUGAAUGAAAGCGUAAUUGAGUUUACUGUAUGA